CCCCCCUCUCUCUCGCACACUCCUCUUGCCGUUCGACCUCGGGACUCGGCGCCCCCUUUCCCCUUCUGUUCCCGCGUACCGGCCCCCCCUCCAAUCUCGCCCUUUUCUCGCAUCUCCCCCCUCCCCCCCACUUCAUCACCAUGGGUAUCAUCACCGCUGUUACCUGGGUCCGGAUGGGCGUCGCCCAGGCCCUGCCCACGAUCUACGAGCCCACCGAGGAGGAGCUUGCUCAGCUGUCGGCCAUCGCCGAUCAGCAUGCCCUCCUGCUGCAGGAGAACCCCGCCGCCGAGGAGGGGGACGACGCCGUGGCGGAGGACGAGCUCAUGCGCAAUGCGCAUCUGACCUCCAAGAAGCUUCGCAUGAACGACUCGCUCGACAGCGAUGACGAGGCCGAUGGCGAGCUCGAGCAGGAUGAUCAAAUCCCGGACGACCUGGCCGAGUAUGGUCUUGGUGACUAUGAUGCGGAGAUCGCCGCGCAGGAGGAUGUCUCGUCAUUCAACCUGAUUGGCGGUGUCAAGGGCCUGCAGUACCACGAGCGCAAUGAGGACGACCCGUACAUCACCGUGCAGGAUGCCAGCGACGACGAGAUCGACGACAUCGUCAUCCGCCCGACCGAUCGCCUGGUGCUGGCAGCCAAGACCGAGGACGAGCUGUCCACCCUCGAGAUCCAGGUGUACGAGGAGGCCGACUCCAAUCUUUUCGGCCACCAUGAUCUCAUGCUUCCCUCCUUCCCCCUGUGCCUGGAGUGGCUGGACUACCGUGUCGGCAUGUCGGUCGACCAGUCGGCCGGCAAGCUGGGCAACUUCGUGGCCGUCGGCACCUUCGAGCCGGACAUCGAGAUCUGGGAUCUGGAUGUCAUGGAUUCCCUGUUCCCGACCGCGGUGCUCGGAAACGCCAAGGAGCUGGCCACCGAGGCCGGCGCGCUGUCUACCCUGGGCAAUGCCGCCACCAAGAAGAAGAAGUCCAAGAAGGGCAGCGACAAGCCGGCCCCGGAGAUGAAGUUUACCGGCCACACGGAUGCCGUGCUUGGGCUGUCUUGGAACAAGGCCCACCGGAACCUGCUCGCCUCCUGCUCGGCCGAUACCACCGUCCGCCUGUGGGACCUGCAAACCGCCCAGUCCAUCCACAGCUACGCCCACCACCGGUCCAAGGUUCAGUGCAUCCAGUGGAACCCGGCCGAGACCACGGCCAUGCUGUCUGGUGGCUAUGACAAGCGCGUUUGUGCGUGGGAUUCGCGCGCCCCGACGGCCGUGCGCGAGUGGGCUGUCUCGGCCGACGUGGAGGCCCUUCGCUGGGACCCCUUCGACCCGCACUGCUUUGCCGUGUCCACCGAGGACGGCUUCAUCCGUUACUAUGACGCGCGCUCCGGUCAGACCGACACGCCGCUCUUCCAGCUGAUGGCCCACGAUGCCACCGUCACGGCCCUCGACUUUUCCACCACCAUCCGCAAGGUCAUGCUGACGGCCUCCUUCGAUGGAACCAUCAAGCUGUGGGACAUUGCCUCUGGCAAGCCGUCCAUGAGCUACUCUCGCGACAUGGGCAUGGGCAAGAUUUUCGAUGCCAGCUUCAGUCCUGAUGCGGCCAUGCUUGUGGCUGUGGCCAGCAGCAAGGGCAACCUGCACGUUUGGGAUGCCUGGCAGGCCAACGGCGUGCGCCGUCAGUUUGCCGCCGAUCGCUUGGUCUCCGGCAUUGUCGUUCCCGAGCAGAACAUCGCCCUGUCAGACAUGUCCCUGGAGGAGGAGACCCCCAAGGGACGAAAGGCCAAGGCCGAGGCCCUGCGUGCCAACCUCCGCCAGUCGCGCGAGGCCAACGCCAAGGCCCGGAAGAAGUAACUGCCUCCUCCAUACAGCAGAGUCCCCUCCCUCGCCAGCCUCUCUCCCUCUCUCUCUCUAUGUCCACCUCUUCCAUUUGAAGAAAGGCCAGACCAGAGCAUCCCCGCGAGCGCUUGCCGCUGGUGCAUGCUCUUGAGAUUAGACUUCCCUUUUGAGAGGGGAUCUGCCUGUGCCACUUUCGCCGCCUGAACUGCUCCCAUGCUGCCUCCCCACCACCACCACUACCACCCCCCUCCUCUUGUCCUCGCACAAAUGACAAGCC